GUAUGCGAUGUUGACAUGCACCCAGAUAGAAAGCACUGCCUUAAAGGAUUCGUCCCAUCUUGUUCUGACACUCUUUCGGAUGUUGUGGUGUUUGGGGAUGUUGUGGUGUUAGGGGAUGUUGUAGUGCUUAGGGAUGUUGUGGUGUUUGGGGAUGUUGUAGUGUUUAUGGAUAUUGUAGUGCUUAGGGAUGUUGUGGUGUUUUGCUAUGUUGUGGUGUUUGGGGAUAUUGUAGUGCUUAGGGAUGUUGUGGUGUUUUGCUAUGUUGUGGUGUUUGGGGAUAUUGUAGUGCUUAGGGAUAUUGUAGUGCUUAGGGAUGUUGUGGUGUUUGGGGAUAUUGUAGUGCUUAGGGAUAUUGUAGUGCUUAGGGAUGUUGUGGUGUUUGGGGAUAUUGUAGUGCUUAGGGAUAUUGUAGUGCUUAGGGAUAUUGUAGUGCUUAGGGAUAUUGUAGUGCUUAGGGAUAUUGUAGUGCUUAGGGAUGUUGUGGUGUUUGAGGAUAUUGUAGUGCUUACCGAUAUUGUAGUGCUUAGGGAUAUUGUAGUGCUUAGGGAUAUUGUAGUGCUUACCGAUAUUGUAGUGCUUAGGGAUAUUGUAGUGCUUAGGGAUAUUGUAGUGCUUAGGGAUGUUGUGGUGUUUGGGAUAUUGAAGUGCUUAGGGAUAUUGUAG